AUGGCAGAGAGAGAGACAGCAUCAUCUGUGUCCCCAAAGUGUAGGCCAUUCAUUUCUUCUGUCACUAGUCAGAGUAUGAACUUGAUGAUAUGUGGAGUAGGUCUGUUUUUGAUUGGAGUGUUUCUUGCAUUAGUAGUAAAUCUACUUCAGAUUCAGAGAACUGUCACACUCUUUCCACCUGAUGUGAUUGCAAGCAUCUUUUCUUCAGCAUGGUGGGUACCACCAUGCUGUGGCACAGCUUCAGCUGUGAUUGGGUUAUUAUGCCCCUGCAUUGACAGGCAUCUGGGAGAGCCACAUAAAUUUCAAAGAGAGUGGUCCAGUGUAAUGCAAUGUGUAGCAGUCUUUGUUGGUAUAAAUCAUGACAGUGCUAAAGUAGAUUUUGACAACAAUGUACGGUUGUGUCUCACACUAGCCGCACUAUCCAUUGGUCUGUGGUGGACUUUUGAUAGAUCACGAAGUGGUUUUGGCCUUGGAGUAGGAAUUGCUUUCUUGGCAACCUUAGUCACUCAACUACUAGUCUAUAAUGGGGUUUAUCAAUAUACAUCUCCAGAUUUUCUUUAUGUUCGUUCUUGGUUACCAUGUAUAUUUUUUGCUGGUGGCAUCACAAUGGGAAACAUUGGUCGACAACUGGCUAUGCACUUGCAUAUCUUCGGUCCCAGCAAGCAAUACUAGAUAAAACUCACAGAGUUGGGAAGUGGUAACGUUGAGGAGAGGGAAACAAAAGAAGUGGGGAAGAGCUCACAUCCUCUUGACUCCCAGCAGACUGUGGUGGAAGAGAA